AUGCUAGUUCGCAUUCAACUACAACAUCAACGCUUGAUAAAAAAUUGUGAUUACAAUGCCUGCGUUUUUGUAUGCUUACUAGCUAUUUCUGCCGUUGCCAAUGCUGGUUUCUUUUUCGGAGGUGGUAGCUCAGGCGGCAGUGGUGGUCAAGGUGGCUGGUCCAGUGGUGGUAGCUCUGGCGGUCAUGGUGGCUUUGCUGCACCUCCAACCGUUGUCAAAGUAAUUCAUCAGACCGCCGAUGUUGGUCAAGGUGCUGGUUGGUCUGCUGGUGGUGCUUCUGCUGGCUGGUCUGCAGGGGGUUCCUCGGGUGGCUGGUCUGCUGGUGGUGCUGGCGGUGAAGUGAAAGUUUUCAUGGUCAUUACUCAGAGCUCAUCCGGCGAUCAUGGUCAUCAUGAACAUGUUCAUCCAGCACCAGCUCCAGUUAAAGUAAUUAAACUCAUCCACGAAGAAGCUCCUGCACCAGCUGCUGGUUGGUCUGCAGGUGGUGCUUCAGGCGGUUGGUCUGCUGGAGGCUCCGGUGGUUGGUAA